GUCGGGAGGGGGCGCUGCGCGCAGGCGCGAGGUGGACGCCGUGGCUAGGCCGGAAGGAACGCAGUAGCGGCCUCGGAGGCGGCGGCUGUGGCGGCAGUAACGGCGAGAGACCUUUUCAAACGGCUGCCUCAGAUGAUCGCCAUGUUUGGGUACUAACAAUCGCAUAUGUUUAUAUCUGAAUUUGAAAAUGGCAGAGGGAAACAACAAAGAGGAGGUCAUUCACUUGAACAACUUUCAUUGCCACCGGGGACAAGAAUGGCUGACUGUCAGAGAUGGGCCCAUCACCAUAUCUGACUCCUCUGAUGAGGAAGGGAUUCCAAUGCUGGUUACCCCUGCUACUGAGCAACAUGAGGAGGACCUGGAUGAUGAUGUCAUCCUGACAGAAGAUGAUUCUGAGGAUGAAUAUGGUGAAUUUCUGGAUCUUGGGAGUAGCAAAAAAGAAGGAGAAGCCAAACCUGGACCAAGCAAUAAGCAGACAGCGAACAACGUUGUCAACCCCAGGUUGGAGCAGAAAGUCAUUAUAUUGGGAGAAAAUGACCUUCUUUUCCCAGAAAGUGAACCUUUGGAGGUUCAGAACCAAUCAUUGGAAGACUCAGAGACUGAUCUCUUAUCAAAUCCUGGAGAGCCAACUGCCUCAGUAGACGACCAGGUAAUCGAAGAAGAGUAUUGGCUUGACCAUCCAUACUUCCAGGCUCUGAAUCCACAGCCUCAGGAGAGAAUAAACCAGGUUGUGCCCCAAGAGCGGCAUUCUGAAUCAGAAAUGGGCCCAAUGUUCUUGCCCCAUGAUUUCCCAGAGCCAGCUUUUCCAAGGCCAGGACCCCAGCAGGAGGGGAUUCCAGGCCCUGCUUCUCCGCAGCCAGCCCAUCCUCUAGGAGAACUUGAAGACCAGCAGUUAGCAAUUGAUGAAGACCCUGGGCCACCUUUCCCCCUGCCAGCAUCUCAACAAGCCAACUUGGAAAACAUGUGGGAACAAGAAGCUGCUGGAGUAGAUAAAGAACUCAUUGCACUGUUAGUGAAAGAAACUGAAGCAAGAUUUCCAGAUGUAGCAAAUGGAUAUGUUGAAGAGAUAAUUCAUUUAAAGAAUUACUAUGAUUUGAAUGUACUUUGUAAUUUUCUUCUGGAAAACCCAGAUUAUCCAAAGAGAGAAGACCGACUUAUCAUCCACCCCAGCAGCAGCCUGCUUGCCAGCCAGGACGAUGUAAAGUUGCCCAAAAGAGAUUUUUUUGACUAUUCCAAAUUGACUCCACUUGACCAGCGCUGCUUUAUUCAAGCUGCUGACCUCUUGAUGGCUGAUUUCAAAAUGCUCAGCAGCCAGGACAUCAAGUGGGCCCUCCAUGAGCUCAAAGGACACUAUGCAAUCACCCGAAAGGCCUUUUCUGAUGCCAUUAAAAAAUGGCAGGAGCUGUCACCUGAAUCCAGUGGGAAACGAAAAAAGAGGAAAGAAAUGAAUCAGUAUUCUUUCAUAGAUUUCAAAUUUGAACAAGGUAACAUAAAAAUAGAAAAGAGGAUGUUCUUUCUGGAAAAUAAGCGUCGACAUUGUAGGUCAUAUGACCAGCAGGCCCUCCUUCCAGCUGUGCAGCAAGAGCAGGAAUUCUAUGAGCAGAAAAUGAAAGAAAUGGCAGAGCACGAAGACUUUUUGCUUGCCCUGCAGAUGAAUGAAGAACAGUAUCAAAAGGAUGGACAGCUGAUUGAAUGCCGCUGCUGCUAUGGGGAGUUUCCAUUUGAGGAGCUGACACAGUGUGCUGAUGCUCACUUGUUCUGCAAAGAAUGUCUCAUCAGAUAUGCCCAAGAGGCAGUGUUCGGGUCUGGAAAGUCAGAACUCAGCUGCAUGGAAGGCAGCUGCACAUGUUCCUUCCCAACCAGCGAGCUGGAGAAGGUGCUCCCCCAGACGAUUUUGUACAAAUACUAUGAACGAAAAGCAGAGGAAGAAGUCGCCGCAGCCUACGCAGAUGAGCUUGUCCGGUGUCCCUCCUGUAGCUUCCCUGCUCUGUUGGACAGCGAUGUGAAGAGGUUCAGCUGCCCUAAUCCUCGAUGCCGAAAGGAGACCUGUAGGAAGUGUCAGGGACUCUGGAAAGAACAUAAUGGCCUCACCUGUGAAGAGCUGGCUGAAAAGGACGACAUCAAGUACCGGACGUCUAUUGAAGAAAAAAUGACUGCUGCUCGCAUUAGAAAAUGUCACAAGUGUGGGACUGGCCUUAUCAAAUCCGAAGGCUGCAACCGCAUGUCUUGCCGCUGUGGUGCCCAGAUGUGCUACCUCUGUCGAGUUUCUAUCAAUGGCUAUGACCAUUUCUGCCAGCAUCCUCGCUCUCCAGGAGCCCCUUGCCAGGAAUGUUCCAGGUGCUCCCUCUGGACCGACCCCACUGAAGAUGAUGAAAAGUUGAUUGAGGAAAUCCAAAAGGAAGCUGAGGAGGAGCAGAAAAGGAAGAAUGGAGAGAACACCUUCAAACGCAUUGGGCCCCCGCUGGAGAAGCCACCCGAGAAAGUGCAGCGAGUGGACGCGCUGCCACGGCCUGUCCCACAGAACCUGCACCCACAGAUGCCACCCUAUGCCUUUGUGCACCCACCCUUUCCCCUGCCACCUGUGCGGCCCGUGUUCAACAACUUCCCCAUCAACAUGGGCCCUGUGCCUGCGCCCUAUGUGCCCCCUCUGCCUAAUGUGCGUGUCAACUACGACUUUGGCCAUGUGCACGUGCCUCUGGAGCACAACCUGCCCAUGCACUUUGGCCCUCAGCCGCGGCAUCGCUUCUGAUACCCAAAGUCCUGCCCAGCCACACUGAGUCUGCAGGAGGACCCAAUCUCACCUUCUGAGGAGGAGUGGAGCCCUGGCUUCCCUCUUGAGGGUGGGCUCGUGUCCUCCUCCUCUUUCCUUUACAAAGUUCACUGCUCCUUCCGGUCUGACACCCUUUGGGUGCAGACUCUCACUGGGAAGCUCCCUAGUUCUGCCAUCUUAGCAGCUGGUACAGUGGCCUGACCCUCCCCAGCAGACAGCUGAAAACCCAAGGGGAAGUGGCCUGCCGUCCCCAGGCCAGGGCUUUCCCCUUGCUGCCCAAGGCCCACUCAAGUUCAAGGGUCUCCCAAGAGUCUUAUGUGGCGCAAGUUUUGUUCUGUUGUUACCUAAAAAGGUCACUCCUAUUCAUGUAGUUUGAGCUAGAGGUUUUUGUGGGCUGUUUGUCCCCAUGAUUGAAAAGUCUGGUUUGAAAUAUUUCCCUAGGGAACUGCUGAGAGCCAAUAGUCCUGACACAUGGCAUCAACAAAGGGGCUUUUUGGGAAGCUGUCACUUAUUACUGGGCUCCCCCUUUCCUGGAAGAGACCUUUCUGGUCAACAGCCUGGGAUGAGCAGCAUCUCAAAGAUGUUUUUUGAUUUCCCUAAGGGUACAGAUGACCUCAUGGAGCUGCUGCAUCUGUCACAGCAACUCUCCUGCCUGCUCGCCUGUCCCCUCAUGAGUUAGCAGUAGAAGCAGGCAGAGAGAGAAGCCCUACCUCCAUGCUGAGGGCAGCUGGCUUCCCUAAAGUCAGAUGAGAAUCCAGGCCUGCGUAGAGUCUCUGACAUGCUCCCGCUGCCUGUGCCCCUCCUGC